AUGGUCGACGAUGUUAUUCUCUUUGAUCACUAUGUUAAUGAUGUUGUUCAUUUGGGUCCACGCAACAACAACAAUAUAGAGAACAAUGGUACAAAUUUUGUGGUGCAUCAUGGUGCUACAAAUUUUGAAGUAAAUGGUGUGAGUGAUCAAGAUUCUAUUGAAUGUGUAGCAAUUGAUGAAACAAGAACAGAGUCUUCUUCAAAAUUAGAGUCAGAAUCUAUGUGCUGUAUUUGUCUUGGAGACUUAUCAAAUGGUUCAAAAAUGACUCAACCUUGUUCUCAUGUAUUUCACCAACAUUGUAUUAAUAAGUGGUUCAACAUUAGCAAGACAUGUCCUCUAUGUCGCAGAGCCAUUAAUUAG